CACCACACGCUCUCUAUAUAUAACUUCCUCGACUCCAUUCCUUCAUCCAAAUCCUUUUACAAUUCAAUUUCCGAUCGAAGUUUACCGAACAUAUUUCACGAAAUUCUCUACAUCUCCCCAUUCAUCCAAUCACAAGAUGGUGUCUGAUGCGAGUAAGAAGAAGGCGGCUCAGAAGAAGGCUGCAGCUGCCGCUAAGAGAGGAGCUAAGACCGUUGCUGCUGCCGCAUCGAAGAAGGCUGCGGCCAUAGGUACGGUAAACGGGAGUUCCAGUUCCGAUAAUUUGGCGAAUGGGAUGGGGUCUCUUGCGAUUUCUGAUCGAACGUGUACUGGAGUUCUUUGUUCUCAUCCUUUGUCUAGGGAUAUUCGGAUAGAGUCUUUAUCACUUACUUUUCAUGGACAUGAUCUUAUUGUUGAUUCAGAGCUAGAGCUUAAUUACGGGAGACGAUAUGGUUUACUUGGGCUAAAUGGAUGUGGUAAAUCUACACUUCUUACUUCAAUUGGAUGUCGAGAGCUUCCAAUUCCUGAACACAUGGACAUUUUCCAUCUCACUAGAGAGAUUGAAGCUUCUGACAUGUCAUCACUUGAAGCUGUCAUGAAUUGUGAUGAAGAAAGACUCAAAUUGGAAGAAGAAGCUGAACGCUUGAUUGGACAGGAUGACGGCGGCGGAGAAGCGCUUGAGCGCGUAUACGAACGGUUAGACGCGAUGGACGCGUCCACAGCCGAAAAGCGGGCGGCCGAGAUUCUAAACGGUCUCGGUUUCAACAAAAACAUGCAACAAAAGAAAACCAGAGAUUUCUCGGGUGGUUGGCGAAUGCGUAUCGCUUUAGCCCGAGCUCUGUUCAUGAACCCGACAAUCUUACUCCUCGAUGAACCCACAAAUCACCUCGAUCUCGAAGCGUGUGUUUGGCUCGAAGAAACCCUAAAAAAAUUCGAACGUAUACUCGUGGUUGUCUCACAUUCACAAGACUUUUUAAAUGGUGUUUGCACGAAUAUAAUCCAUAUGCAAAAUAAAAAACUUAAAAUGUACACGGGUAAUUUCGACCAAUACGUACAAACACGAUCCGAACUUGAAGAAAACCAAAUGAAACAAUAUAAAUGGGAACAAGACCAAAUCGCGUCAAUGAAAGAAUACAUCGCCCGAUUCGGCCACGGGUCAGCCAAACUCGCCCGUCAAGCCCAAUCCAAAGAGAAAACUUUAGCUAAAAUGGAACGGGGCGGGCUGACCGAAAAAGUGACCCGUGACAGAGUUCUUGUCUUUCGGUUCACUGACGUCGGUCAGCUCCCACCACCUGUUCUCCAAUUCAUCGACGUCUCAUUCGGUUACACGCCUGAAAAUCUCAUUUACAAAAACCUAGACUUUGGAGUUGACCUAGAUUCUCGGGUAGCUUUAGUGGGCCCGAACGGGGCGGGGAAAAGUACACUGCUAAAACUAAUGACUGGAGAGUUGAUGCCGACCGACGGCAUGGUGAGGCGGCACAACCACUUGAUGGUGGCUCAAUUUCAUCAACACUUGGCAGAGAAGCUUGAUUUGGAGAUGUCGGCUUUGGCGUACAUGAUGAGUGAGUAUCCGGGGAACGAGGAGGAGAAGAUGCGGGCGGCGAUCGGGCGGUUUGGGCUGACCGGAAAAGCGCAAGUGAUGGCGAUGAGGAAUUUAUCAGACGGGCAAAGGAGUCGGGUGAUAUUUGCGUGGUUGGCGUAUAGGCAACCGCAUAUGUUGUUGUUAGAUGAGCCGACUAAUCAUUUGGAUAUUGAGACGAUUGAUAGUUUGGCUGAUGCGUUGAAUGAUUGGGAUGGUGGGUUGGUGUUGGUGAGUCAUGAUUUUAGGUUGAUUAAUCAGGUGGCGCGUGAGAUUUGGGUGUGUGAGAAUCAGAAGGUGACUAAAUGGGAAGGGGAUAUUAUGGGGUUUAAGGAGCAUUUGAGGAGUAAAGCUGGUUUAUCGUAGGUUUUUUUAUAUUAUUAAGUCUUGAUGAUAUAUAUUAUUGUGUUUAAUUUUAAUUUUAAUUCAAUUAAUAUAUGUAUCGUAACGUUUGUAGUACAAAUCAUUGGGCUCUUUGAUUGGAUCAUUCUAAUCUCCAACAAGUUUAGUGAUACCGAAACAAUAAGGAUUGAAAUAUUGUUUAAGGAAAGUGUGUAAUGUGAAUAUGUGAUGCAAUCUUAAUUAGCCAAAUUUAGUUGCUACAACAUGGCCAUUCAUAAAUUUUAUAUUAUGUUUAUGGGUGGUUUAAGAAAAAAAAGGUUUGUUUUCAGAAGACUAAGAGCAUAAAAUGUUUUUUUUGACCCUUUAUCUACCAAAACACACAAAAAUAAUUCUGGUUUUGCAAAGUUUUAAUAGUUGUUCCUUUUGAAAUUGUUUGAUGAUGUAAUAUUAUUAAUAAGUGUAUUUAAAGAGCUGAUCGAACAAGUGAUUCAGACGAGUGGAAUGAAAAGUUAACAUCGAAUCAAUUUAAAUACAAUUCUAAGAUGUUUAAGUUGAGCAAUCUAACACUUUUUCGAUCUUUUAAUACAACUAAUAAAAUAAAUGCAAUUUUGAAAGUUAUAUUUAUCCGUAAUGACAUGAGCUUCUUUGAGGGUUUGCGAGGUGGGCGACCGCACAAGGCCCACGUCGUGGAGGGCCUCCCAAUUUUUAUAUAGGAUUCAUAAUAGUAGACUAGUAAUCCAAGUCUGGAAACAAAAUUGAUUCAAGUGUAUCGUCAUCAGGAGAAAAUAAGUCAGUUAACCCUCUGAUUCUCGCCGAUCUACUUCGGAAGUCCCUAAGACGUUACUCAUUCUCUUGAACCCGCUAAUUAAGUCGUUGAUGGUGUGUGUGUGUUUGAUUGUUGAUUAACUGUUUGUUUCAAGAUUAGUGCGCUCCAUCUGAUUCGGAAGUCAAAUUUGUAAGUUUCAAGAUCCAAUAAGAUCACUCAAUUUCAUAUUAUUGAUUAAUUGAUUGUUUCAAUUUCAAAAAUUAGAAUCGAUUUUCUGAGAAAUCUGAUGAUUACUUGUUGUGCUUCAAAAUUAGAAUCGACCUACUUAUGCUGUUUCUUGUGUGUUUGAUUGUUUCAAUUUCAAUCGAUGACUUAGUUUAAAACAAGAUUUAAACAAUAAGAGAAAUAUGAAAGAAUUCUUAUUUUUUGCUUCCAAAAACUUGAAGGAUUUGUUGAGAGAGAUAUUAACUUGUGUUGUAUCCGUCUUGAAGCUGCACUUAAAUAUGGCAAACAAUCAGAUGUUGACGUCAAUGAACUUAAUCUGGACUGGUUGACGGGUUCUUACCAAGUGAAACCACUAACCCACCAAUGUUUUCAAAUAUAUGAAAUAGUCAUUAUUUUCCUAAUGCAUAUAGAGUUUUGCUGACUAUUCUAUUAAUUGUUGCAUCUGUAGAAACAAGCUUUUCAAAAUUAAAGUUGUUAAAUUCCUACUUACGGUCAAAAAUUUCACAAGAAAAACUUAGGGGCUGCUUGAUAGCCUCUUAAUUGAGAAAUUAAGAGACAACCUCUUAAUAUUUUAGAUAUAAAGCGUUUGGUAGGCUAUCAAUAACAGCUCUUAAUUUCUUAAAAUCCUCUUAAACUUCCAGACCUAAACUUAUAUCUGAAUAAACAAAAUACGCGCCUUCCCUGUAUUGCCCUCAUAUCUCAUAUGAACGCAACUCACCUUUAUCAGAUCCUCUCAUGUCUCCUCUCACCUCACACCUCCGACCAACUCCAACGCCAACCACCUCCUUCCAUCACCGAACACCUCAUCCCAUCGUCGGCCACCUAUUCCCAUCGUCGACUCGCACAGCACCGUCACCCCAUCGUAAACCUCGCACACCUACAAGUUUCACACGACUUCUGAUAUCACUUCCACCUCCAUGAAAUCGACUCCCAUCUCCAAACUACGACCUCCGACGCCAAGCUCCGACAUCGCUGGUUCUACCCUCGAAAGCGUCGCCCUCUCCAGGUUCCGCCCUCGACAACGUCGGUCUCUACCAGGGGAUCUCCAAUCUCCUUCGUUGGUCCGGUACAAAGGUGCUAAAAUCACUCCAAAUUCGAGAAAUCGAAUUGUUUUCAUGAUGUGAAAUCGAAAAUCGAUUUAAUAUACCAAGUUUUUAAAUGUUCAUAUUUUAGGUUUUCUGUGAUGUUUUGAAUCAGUGGUGAAACAUAGUAUCAUUCAAAAUUAGUUAUUUAUUUAUAGUUUUGUGGUAUAAUAAUGAUUAUUAUUAUCAUAAACUGAUGUAUUGUUUCCAAAUUUGUUAUUGAUUUAGAGCAUUGUGUGAUUUUUGAUGGUCAAGAUGAUGAUGGAUGAAGGCUGUGAUUUUUUUUGGUCAAAAUUGUUCCUUUUCUAUUUCUCAUAUGAGCAAUUGGAACUUUAGGCAUUGAUGUUUGACUUUAAGCAAUUGGAACUUCAGAUGAAACUAAUAUUGAAUGUUCCUUUUCUAUCUCUUCUAAAAAGAUAUAUAAGAUUGUAUUUGUAUGAAACUAAUGUUGAAUGUUCCAUGUUUAUGCACUGGGAUAUUGUUCGACAAGAAAGGUUCAGGACAAUCACCGGUAGCUAACCACAUAUCAUUGAUUUGGAGCACCAAGAAUGAAUGGAAUGAUUUCAAUUUUCUGAUUUAUUCAAAGUUUUCUUUGUGUUCUCUUAGAUAAGGGUGUUAUACUUGUCAAGAUGUGUAAAUGAAUGUGGUUGUAUACAUGUAAUGUGAUCCAUAUAAACAUAGAGUUCAAGUUGUUUUCAUAGCUAUUGUAAGGUUGUUUUUGUACGGUUUAAAUACAAGAAAUAGCAAUGUAGUUUUAUUUAUUUA